AUUUGAAGAACGAGUUAUCCACCUCUGAAGGUCAUCCGGGGGAGCCAUGUCGAAAAUAGUGAGGUUGGCCAACAGAGGCGUUGAAUUAACAAAAAAAUAUGGCAAUAUAGCAUGGAAUGACUAUAUAAACAAAGUUGCAAAAUGUCAGGCCAAUGGUCAGACGAUGUCCCGCUUCCAGUUACUAUCACUUUAUGUUAAAGCAGAAUUAGGACCUCCAAGUCCGGGACAGGCUAGGGAAAGCAUCGCUAAAUUUAUGGACCUCCCUUGGUCAUUAACAAGAGAGAGGGUGAUGAACAUGACUACAAAAGAAGCCCUCUGUAAGUCCUUGCUCCUUGUUGAUGUUGCUAUCUUUUUCGCUAUUGGUGAAGUAAUUGGCCGAGGUGAUUGGGCCGGCUACCCCAUCAAGGGCGCCUCUGGGUGGGAAUUCUCUAACAUGUACACAGAAGAGGACAUCAAGAAAAUGGAUGCUGAGCGAGCGAAGACCAAUGCAGCAUAGCAUUACCUGGACAUUUAUAGAAAAAAAACUUAAAUCAGUGAUUGUGUUUGUUAUUUAACGCUGAAAUUAAAAAAACAAUACACAUUAUAUAAA